AUGAGGGAAUCUGUUAUAUUAAAGUCGUUUUUUUUCUAUCGUUCUUCAUGUCUAUGCUUUUGUCUUUUAGGUAUUGUCCUGUUCAGAAUGAAUCGUCCUCAGACCAAGAAUGCUAUAAGCAAGCUGUUUCUAGAACAGCUCAAGGAAAGUAUUUCUUCUGUGAAGUUCAGUAAAAGUGUGCGGGUCGUUAUUCUCAAGAGCGAUGUUGAAGGAGCUUUCUGCACAGGUGCUGAUCUGAAAGAACGUAAAUCAAUGCCUGUGGAAGACGUGCCCAAGUUUGUAGAUUCAUUGCGGUCAUCAUUUAGUGAAUUAGAGCGCCUCCCACAGCCCGUUAUUGCGGCAAUAGAUGGAUACGCUCUUGGUGGUGGCUUGGAAAUGGCUCUUGCUUGUGAUAUACGUGUUGCCUGUAAGGUUAAUUCAAAAUUGGUUGUGCUUUCGUCUCGUCGUUGUAGAUUCCAUGUAUGUCUUACAAGUAGUGCCAAGAUUGGGUUGACGGAAACGAAAUUAGCAAUCAUUCCCGGAGCUGGAGGAACGCAACGUCUCACAAGAGCUGUAGGACAGUCAAUGGCGAAGGAAUUGAUAUUCACAGGACGAAUGAUCAGCGGUGAAGAAGCAUGUAGAAUAGGUUUAGGCCCCUUAGCAGUUCGCCUAGCAAAGAUCGCUAUCGACACUGGGUCGCAAAUGGAUUUGAACAGUGGUCUAGUUGUGGAACAACAGUGCUAUGCUCAGGUGAUACCCACACAAGAUCGUCUCGAAGAAAUGCGGCUGUCAGUCCUGCGGUUGAAGUGGGACGUUAUGGUUUCCGUAGCGCUGACACGACCACAAAUAAUAGCUGCUCCAAUGACCGAGAUAGAAAGGAGGUAUCAUACGCUUCAGAUGGAGGAGGAGCAGGAGAAAAGUCUACUCUGUAACUUUGAACUAAAAUCGCGACAUGACGAAAAGCUUAUGGAAAAACGUGCCGAAUUGGAACGUGAAGGAAAGGAGUUAUCUGAACUCGAUGAACAAAUUGGUAUCGCUAAUUCGAUAAUUCAGGACGAGUGGAAGAGAAGAGGAGAGCAAAUUGUAAAAAGCCUUAAGCUCGAUAACCCUCGCUCGCAUGAAGUUAAGGACGAACGGUCGUUACAACGCAUGCUAGACCGGAAGCUUUUACUGAUAGUUCAGCAACGAUUUGGGCAGGAAAAUUAUAAAAGUCCAUGGAUUUUGCCUCAGUUGAAACACGAGGCUGGAGAAACUCUGCGAGAGGUACCCCAAGCCCCUUAG